AUGGAAGCUAAAUUAGAUCUAGUAUUAUCCAAACUUGACCUACUCGAAAAUAAAAGUGAUACAGCAAUCCGCAACAUCGCAAUCUUAUCAGCAACAAUUGAGAAUUUAAAAACCGAAAACUCCAAUCUGCGUACACAAAUGCAACAAAUGGAGAAGAAAAUCGACUAUCUCGAAAACCAGUCUAGACGUAACAACGUUAUCUUUUAUAAUGUUAAAGAAGACGCCAAAGAAGACACGGAAGCCAAAGUUCGCCAAAUUAUCGACUCACAAUAUAAAAUAUCACUGGGUGAUAAAGAUAUCGAGCGGGCUCACAGAUUAGCCACGAAUGUAAGAACUUCACGUCCCAUUAUUAUCAAAUUCAAUAACUUUAAGGUGAAGGAUUUCAUUGUAAGGAAUGCUUUCAAGCUAAAAAACACUCCUGUAUCUGUGUCUGAAGAUUUCUCAAAACAUAUUCUACAAAAACGAUCACUUUUGAAGCCUUACCUAAUGCAGGCCAAAAGUGAAGGAAAACGCGCUCAUUUAAAAUUUGAUAUGCUGUACAUUAACGGUCGCAAAUACACUGUGGAUGAUCUUCCCGCAAAUCAAGUUUUACAAGCUACUGAUUUCUCUCCUGAAGUAACGCACAACGACAUCAUUACCAGAAGCAAAUCAGGAACCAAGCCGUUGACAUCUUCGCAAUAG